UGGCGGCACCGCCGGGAGUUCCUGCUUCGCAACGUGGGGGAGCCGCCGGCGGCGGGCAGCCCCCAGCUCCAGCGCCUGGUGUCUCUCUCCAUGGUGUGGGCCAACCACGUCUUCCUGGGCUGCCGGUACCCGCCGCAGGUCAUGGAGAAGGCGCUGGAAAUGGCCGAAGGCAUCCAAGUGACCGGCGCGCCUGUCCGCACCACGAGAGAUGAACUGGUUGCCAAGGUGAAGAAAAGAGGCAUAUCAAGUAGCAAUGAAGGGGUAGAGGAGCCCUCCAAGAAGCGAGCUGUUGAGAAAAGCAAAGAUUCUAAGGAUACUGGCAAGGAUGUGAAGAAAACCAAGGUAGAAGCCCCAAAGGAAGCAGAGAGCACAUUGCCAAAAAAGCAGGAAAAAGAUGCUAGCAAAGAUCCAGAAAGCUCCCAGAAAGCUUGCAGUUCAAAUCAAGAAAUGGUCUCAGCAUCAGACAUAGAAACAGAAGGAAAACCUGCUAAUGUGGAAAAUACUGCAGGGCAAAAUUCAUCUUCAUCUGGAAAAGAGUCAGGAGAGAAGCCUUGCUCAAAUCCACCUAAGGAAGGGAAGUGUGAAAAUGUGCCAUCACCUGAAAAGAAAAUGACAGUAAGUGCAGUGCCACCAGCUGCCAAGAGCACCCCACAGGCAGAGGUGGCAACACCUGUGAUGGCUGCCCAGAGCACCCCGCAGGCAGCAGUGGUGGCAACCACAGUGCCACCAGCUGCCAAGAGCGCCCUGCAGGCAGCAGCGGUGCCACCAGCUGCCAAGAGCACCCCAGAGGCAGUGGCAGUGGUCCCACCUGCCACCAGGAGCACCCUGCAGGCAGCAGCGAUGCCACCAACCACCAGGAGCACCCCACAGGCAGCGGUGGUGGCAGCAGCAGUCCCACCGACCACCAAGAGCACCCCACAGGCAGCAGCGGUGCCACCAACCACCAGGAGCACCCCACAAAUAAGUGCUGCAUUGCUGUCUUCCAAAAACCAAACGAGUGUUCCAGCAUCAGUGUCCAAGAGCAGCACUCAGCCGGGCACUUCGCUGCUGCUGGCCCCCAAGAGCGGUACUCAGGCUGGUACCUCACUGCUGCUGGCCUCCAAAGGUGCUGUUAAGGCAGGCUCCUCGCUCCUGGCCUCCAAGAGCAGCGCCGAGGUGGCUGCCUCGCUGCUGGCUGCUCGGAGUGGUGCUCAGCAGGGAUCCUCACUGCUGACUUCCAAGAGCAGCGCUCAGGUGGCUGCUACGCUGCUGGCCGCUCGGAGCGGCACUCAGCAAGGUCCCUCGUCACUGGCUUCCCGGAGUGGAGCUCAGGCAGGUGCUUCCCUGCUGGCCUCCAAGGGCGGCACACAGGCAGGUUCACCACAGCUUCCCUCCAAGAGUGGCUCGCAGGCGGGAGAAAGCCCUGCAAAGGCAUUGUGGAAACCGUUAACCAGCGAAGAUGCAAAGGAAAGACAACCUUUUUUCAACAGGCUGUACAAAGCGGUGGCCUGGAAACUGGUCGCUGUUGGGGGCUUCAGUCCUAACGUAAAUCACGCAGAACUUCUAAACUCAUCUAUUCAGUCUGUAAAAGCUACGUUAGAUGUUGCUUUUGUUCCCCUGAAGGAACUUGCAGACUUGCCUCAAAAUAAGAGCUCUUUAGAAAAUAUAGUUUGUGAACUUAGGUGCAAGUCUGUCUACUUGGGUACUGGCUGUGGUAAAAGUAUGGAAAAUGCCAAAGCAGUUGCUUCAAGAGAAGCUUUGAAGUUAUUCCUCAAGAAGAAAGUUAUUGUGAAGAUAUGUAAAAGAAAAUACAAAGGUAGUGAAAUUGAAGAUUUGGUGCUUCUGGAUGAAGAAUCAAAACCUUCGAAUUUACCUCCAGCUUUAAGAAAUCCUCGUGAGAUCUUGUAG